AUGCGCGCCUUUAUUGUUAUAUGCCUGGUGGCAGUUGCCUGCGCCGAUAAAUUGGGAUACAACUACCAGCCUGUGGGUCACUCCAGCUCAGGAUUGUCUUUCGCUCCUGGCAGCGGCGGCAGCAUUGGAGGUGGUAGCAUCGGUGGACUAGAAGGUCUGUCCGGUGGUAGCAUUGGUGGUGGCCUCGGCGGUGGCAGCAUUGGAGGAGGAUCCCUUGGCGGUGGAUCCAUUGGCGGCGGUUCCCUUGGAGGCGGUUCCCUUGGCGCCGGCAGCCUUGGCGGUCUCGGUGGUAUUUCCGGUGGAGAUCUAAGUGCUCCAGUCGAAUACAGCGCCCCUGCCCCAACUGCUGAAUUGGAAAAGGAAUUCUUCACUUUCACCGCUAACGAACAGGACUUUGAUGAGCCCCAGGCUUUGGAGCGCGUAUCCAGCGCAUUGAACAAGGCUCUCCGUGUUGUCUUCAUCAAGGGACCCGAGAACCGUGGCUUGGAGAACGCUGCUCUGGCUUUGGCCAAACAGGCUGCCCAACAGGAGACCGCCAUAUAUGUCCUCAACAAGCAGGCCGAUAUUGGAGAUUUGGCCAGCAAAUUGAAUGCCAUCCGCAGCAACAACAACAACAAGCCCGAGGUUCACUUUGUCAAGUACCGCACUCCUGAGGAUGCUGCCAACGCACAGAAGGCCAUCCAAUCUCAAUACGACUCUCUGGGUGGAUCUUCUCAGGCCCAUGAUGGUGGUGUCGCCUCUGCCUUGAACUUUGCUUCUCAAGGUGCUGUGCGUCAGCCUACCGCUCAGACUCCCGAUAACUCUUACUUGCCCACCUCGAUCUUCCGUCGUCGUUUGUAAUGAGUGUCAGGACUUUGAAUAACUAUUGAGAAAUUGUUACAUGUUCAACUGAUUGUUAAAUAAUUGUUAUUAAAUUUUCCUAAAAUAAAAAGUAAAAAAUUAAAUUAAUGAAAACCUAA